UUGGUCAAGGGUGGUGUUUUAAAACUCGUAGUCAAAAGCUUAUUUCAUUCAAUCCGCGCGUCCGGUCUCAAAUCCAACUGGGUUCCUGCUAAGCAUCAAAACGCACAGCCUACCACGGACCUCAACUCACUCCCGUUCCUCUUGGUCUUGCCCUUAUAGAACGUUCUCGUCUGUCUUUUAGCUUUUGUUUGUCUUAGAACCCUCUCCUUCAUUUCCCCAAGAUGUCGUUCACCACAGCUCUCCCCACCAAGUUCAUCCUCCCUGACCUCGUCUCCCACUGCGAUUUCAAGCUACGCAUGAAUCGCCAUCACAAACAGGCUACUGCUGAAUCAAAACGGUGGCUUUUCCGUGGAGACAACCUCACCCAGAAGUCGCGCAAGGCGAUUCACGGGCUCAAGGCCGGUCAGCUCACAUCUAUGUGCUACCCAGACGCAGGAUUCCCUCAGCUUCGCGUCUGCUGCGAUUUCAUGAACUAUCUUUUUCACCUCGACAACCUCUCAGACGACAUGGACAAGGCUGGAACCAAAAACAUUGCAAAUGUUGUGCUAAACUCGCUUCAUCACCCGUACGACUACUACUCGCCUGCCCGAUUGAAUAGAAUGACUAAGGACUUCUACAAGCGCAUGCUUCCCACCGCAUCCCGUGGAACGAGCAGACGCUUUAUAGAGACAAUGGAUUUCUUCUUCCAAGCUGUGCACGUGCAAGCCAUCGACCGUGCUAAGGGCGUCGUUCCUGAUCUCGAGUCCUAUAUCUCCUUGCGUCGCGAUACCAGUGGAUGCAAACCCUGCUGGGCACUUAUCGAAUACGCUAACAAUCUCGAUAUACCUGACGAAGUCAUGGAGCAUCCGAUCAUCCAGAGUCUCGGCGAGGCCGCCAACGACUUAGUCACGUGGUCAAAUGACAUCUUCUCCUAUAAUGUAGAACAAUCAAAAGGAGACACCCACAACAUGAUAUCUGUUGUCAUGCACCAGGAAUGCCUCGACAUCCAGUGUGCCGUCGACUUCGUCGGCAAGCUCUGCAAGCAGUCUAUCGACCGCUUCAACGAAAAUCGCGGGCUCAUCCCUUCCUGGGGUUCCAAAAUCGACAAGGACGUUGCAAUCUACGUCGGCGGUCUUGCAGAUUGGAUUGUCGGAAGUUUGCAUUGGUCGUUUGACACUACCCGGUACUUUCAGAACUCUGGUCGUGAAGUUAAACGGACCAGAGUCGUCAAUCUCUUUCCUCGAGGCAAAUGAUUCUCGAUGCAAUGUUUCAGCGCUGCUGCCGGUCAGCUCCCCACACUCUCUUGGAGGAAGACCGAA